GAACAGUUGGACAGUAUGAAGUCUAUUCAGUUCUUCGAGUGGAUGUCUAGUGCAUGGUUAGAAAGAGAGACAGACACAACUAGUACAAGUAGAGAGACAGCAAAGUCAUGUUCUUCUUCCUAAGAGAAACCCAACGUUCUUUGAAUCAGAGCAAUGAGAGCAUGACUGCACGAUCAAGCACGAAGGGUUCUCGAAAGAAGCCCAUGAAAUCAAGAUCCAAAAGCAAAUCUGGAGAGGCAUCAGAAAGUCAGACACAAAGAGAAGAGAAAGUCCCUGCAAGUGAACAGAGGAUCCCAAUUCCUGAGACCCCUGUGCUACGGUCUCUAAGGGAGCGACUAAAGCGUAGCACAUUAAAGGAUGGGAAACAUUCCCACUUGCAGCUUGCUCAUCUUUCUCCCUGUGAGGUGGGUUCAGGGAUUGUCGACAGUUGGCCACGGCCCCUGCAGAGUUUUGCGGCACUGCAGAGCCUUGCAGGAACAGCAUGCAUCUUUCUGCGGCACAGUAUCGCUAUCACCCAGAUCGAUAGAGAGCUGAGACCAGAAGAGAUUGAAGAGCUGAGAGAAGCCUUCAAGGAGUUUGAUCGUGACAAGGAUGGCUUCAUUGGAUACAAGGAGUUGGGCGAGUGCAUGAGAACCAUGGGAUUUAUGCCUACCGAAAUGGAGCUCAUUGAACUCUCCCAGAAAAUCACAGGGGGUAAAGUUGACUUUGAAGACUUUGUAGAGCUGAUGGGACCAAAACUUCUUGCAGAAACAGCUGACAUGAUUGGUGUGAAGGAACUGAGAGAUGCUUUUAAAGAGUUUGAUUCAAAUGGUGAUGGAAAGAUCAGCACACGGGAACUGCGGGAGGCUAUGAAGAAACUCCUUGGUCAGCAACUUGGUCCCUGUGAAGUUGAUGAAAUCCUGAAAGAUGUGGAUGUCAAUGGGGAUGGACUUGUAGAUUUUGAAGAGUUUGUACAUAUGAUGUCUCGCUGAAAAGCUGAAGUGAAAUUUGGAGUAGUCCCGUAGAAGAGGUUGUGUGUUUGACCUUCAUUAUACCAAAUAAAUGUAUAUUAUUGUACUGA